AUCAAAGGAUCCAACAUGGAGGCCAAAAACAGACUCGCGACGUAAACAGCAGAAAUAUCGGACAGAUAUCGGCUUAUAAUCACUCAUAUCGGAUCAUAAAUGAGCUUUAGUGGAUGAUGGAUUUACGAAGAAACGUGUUUGAAGGAUUUUUAUCGUGUGUUUUCUUUUCUUUCGUUCUGCUGAGUGAUGUGUGUUGCAUCACAGUAAACGCUCCUGCAGAGAUCAGUGCUGUUCGAGGAGCGAUGGUGACGCUGUCCUGCUCCUUCACCUCCUCCAGCACGGUCACCAGCCGCAUGUCUGUCGACUGGACCUUUAGACCUCAGAGCGGAGGACCUGCUGUACUGUUUUUUCACUUCUUAUCUGAAGCGUACCCGCCGGAGGAGGAUUAUUUCAGGGGUCGUGUGAAGUGGAUGGGCAAUCCGUCAAGAGGUGACGCAUCAAUUCAGCUUCUGAACGCAUCACUCACUGAUAACGGCACGUACUCCUGCUCCGUCCGAAACCCACCGGAUGCCCACGGCCGCCCGGCUCAGAUCAUCCUCACCGUUACACCAAAGAGAUUGUCUGUGGCGUUUACAGAUGUGGCGGUCCUGUUGGCGUUUAUUCUGCUUCCAUCAGGUCUCACAACGCUGGUGCUGCUGGGCCGAAUCCUCUGUCCGUGCUGGGCUUUAUCAGAGGAAAAUCCCCCUGUGGUCAAACGCUCGCCCAUCGAGGUCACUGGGGAGGAGUAUUUUUACAACCGGCCAGAGAAGACGAUGUGCUGCUGUUACUUAAAGGAUUUUGAUGAUGUGCCUGACUAUAUAUUACAUGAGAAACACUACGAACACACAAUCGCAGAGUCGCAGUGUUAAAUAAACACCUGUAUGUGUGUGUGUGUGUGUGUAUGAAUACUCAUGUCUUUUCUUCCUGUAAGUGUGCAGAUAUACUAAGAUACACCGUAACUCAGUCUGGUGUCUGAAGUGUUUGUUUAAACUCGCAGAUGUUUUUUUUUAGGAAGUCAUGAAUUAUUUCUCAUAACCACAGAAAAGAUUAUGAAUGUUGUAUUGUGCUGAAAAAUGAAUGGCCAGGUUUUGUUUGUUUUGCUGAAAUUUACAAAUAUAUUUUUAUGUUAAUUACUAACCCAAAUAAAUAAAAGAUUUGAACGAAA